AUGGAAGAAACAAGCGAUACCCCAUUUUACCAGGACGAGGGGAUACCAUCGCAUGUUAUUUCUCCGUACCUUUUUGACAAGUCCUCGCUGCACUUGAAUUUACAAACCUUAUCAGAGGAUCCAAAGAUGGGAGAAUUGAAAAAACACGCAACUCCAUCGGAGCUUCGGUCCCCAGAUCUGGGUUUGCUUAAGCUCGGCUCACCCGAACUGGAAAAAAUGAUCAUGUCUCUGCAGAGUAAUGUAACGGCUGGCCCGAACGCCAGCUCACUAUUCAACGCGAAUAUUCACGCACCGGUUCACACGGAACACGAUCACGAACCGUAUUCACGUGGAUUCACUGAUGCAUUACAAGACCUUCACGAUAGGCAAAUCACCAGAGAAUCUUCUUCGUUAAUAGAUUUGGCAGACAGCGCUGCAGAGUCGACAGACCCAUUUUUAGGGCAUAACACAGGGGGAAAUGCUUCUGCUUUUCUGGCAACGGUACCCGUGUCUUCUAUACGAACUUCCGCCGAAGAAGUUACAUUCACAUCAUCUUCUUCACGCGUUGACGCGAGCGAUUUUUUCCCAGGGAAUGGCUCUUCAUUUCCUCCAAUGAAAGGAGGAACUAUUUAUCCUUAUACGAGCUCGGGAACGGCAAAUUUCACGACUCUCUAUUCUUAUCCAUCGGAAAAUGUACCAUAUUCAGCUUAUCACGAUUUCAACAUGGAAAACUCAGCCACACUUCGGGCUUUUGCAUCAUAUAACAGCGCGCUGGCGCAAGAAAAGGGAGAAUUAUCCGGUUAUAAAUUGGAAAAUCAAGCGCAAAUGAUCUCCGAUCACGGUUCUCUUCAGCCGAUUGAUCUGGAAGUUCAAGAGAUCGUAAAACGAGAGAGAAAAAAACAGAGGAACAGAAUUGCUUCGUCGAAGUGCCGUAAAAGAAAACUAGAACGCGAAGCAAGACUGGAAACGAGGGUCAAAGAACUUAAGGAGAGGAAUAUUGAAUUAAAUGCAGUUGCCAAUGCUCUAAAGCAGCAAGUCUGUGAUUUGAAACAACGAGUUAUGGAUCAUGUUAACGAAGGUUGCCAGAUUAUGCUAGCGCAUCAGUCCCAGAUGUAG